UAAACAAUUUGAAGAGUUUGCAUUUACGUGUUUUAUUUGACAAUUGAAUUUGUUUCAAUAAGUUCGUUUAUAUUUUGACCGAGCAGUAUGAACACGCUUUUCUCUAUUUUAAUGGCAUUUUUCUGUUUUACAGACAUAAAUGGCCAAUGUCCAGGUAACUAUACCAACGUAACAGUGACUGAGUGUGAUGUAUCAAUUCAAACAGAACAUCGUGUAUUCGUACACUUCUAUCAAAACAACAUAUCAUGCAGCUGUACUGUGACUUCAUUAUUUGAUGGUGAACUCCAUGUAAUGUUUAGUAAACCGGAAAACAGAAAAAAAUGUUAUGAUAAUUACAACCCAUAUUCAGUAAAAGUGAACGACACGGUAAUUAAAGACUGUUAUAGAGAGGACCAUGCUAUGUUCAAUGUUCAAUCCAACGACUUUGUCAUUGUUAAAGCUAAAUACAUAGAAAACAAUAAUUCAAUGAAUAUUACCCCGUGCCUGGAGAUUUACGGGCUAAAAAAUGAACCAAGUGGAAGUAUAAGUGUGACAUGUGGCAAUCCACACACAAUCGAACCACUUAGAGCAACCAAUCCACAAACAACCAAACCAACAACUCAACCAACUACCAUACUCAAAUCUUUGAGAACAUACUUUAUUUCGUCAGUUGCAAAUAAUAACACCGAAGCUGUUGCCACAACGAUUUCAUAUGUGACCUCUACCUCUGUUGAUUCAACGUUCAAAGAUUCUUCUAAUGUUGAUUCAGAUAAGCAGAUAUGUGAAUUCUCACAAAUCCCACUGGGAAUUUUCAUAGCGAUAGCUAUAGUUUCAGGAUUAUUGAACAUAUUUUUCUUCUAUCGGAUAAAAUCGAGGAAUCCAUUUGGUACCCAUAAAAACAAGAACAGGAACACUGGGACAAACCAGACAACUGGGCACAGGAACCAAACUGGAGCCUACUCGGAAGUAAAUGUAGGAGCUAUAGCUACAGGGGGAACAACUGAUACUGAAAACCAAUACGACGCUCUCAAACAUCAUGACAACUACAUCAACAUGAAAUGUAUUGGGGAAAAGGGGACAGUAAAAACAUCUGAAAGCAAGGAUUGCUACAUAAACAUCAACUAUGUUGGAAAUAUAAAUUAGGUGAAACAACACGAUUGUUUUAAGCGCCAUAAAACCAUAAAUUAAUGAGCACAUUGCAUACUGUUGGAUUAUUGAAAUGAAUUCUUUUUAAUUGAAUAACAUUUAAAACAAAAUGAAUAAGCGAAACGUACAAUUGAUUUUUAAUAUAUUUUAAAAAAUGUACGAUAAGGCAAGAGGGGAUUCUUGACUUUUAUAAUACCGAGAGUUAAAGUGCAGAAACACACUAAAUCUAUUUACAUGUAUAUACAAGCAGAUUUACGUCUGGUAAAUAUAUUUUCUCCUCUAUUUUGUGAGAAUUGAUUGCAAUUCUCAGAGAAAUGCAUGGCAGGGCUGAAAUCAAAACAAUUCUAGAUCAUGUUUUUACCAGUUUUAAAUUGACGUAACUGCCUAAUAAUUUACACUAAAUCCCUCUUGUGUUAAGAAACGCAUUUUUAAAUUCAUUCACUUUGUUUGUUUUUGUAAAU